UGAAGUACUAGGUUGCUUUAUGAAAGAAGGCUGUUCUCAUUAGGAUGAAACCCCUGGAUUCAGACUUGUUGAUGGUCAUCGAGCUGAUCCAGAGGGGGCCAAACGGGCAACGCCGCUGAUCAAGAGAACCGUGAAAGGGAAACGGAGUUUCUCUCCGUUGGGCUGAGUAAACUGACGAAGGAUUUUACGACAAAGUUCGAGGGACGAGAGUUAAAGAAACUUUCCAGGUUGUUGUUCUUUUGUUGUUUGGCUAGUUUUAAGGGAACGUGGAAGGAAAACCAGAGGAAAAAACCCUGCUGCCAUCUGACGGGCAGGAGGAGUUUUCAGAGUUCUCUCUUUAGAAUGAAGUUGGAAACACGACCCCCAGGUUAUCCGUGGAGUUUUGCAAGAGGACAAUGUGUUUGAGAACAUGCAGGAGUCACAGGAAGUCCCCAUGUCCAGCCACCUUGACGAAGUCGUCGCUGCUGUCAGUGUCACUUCUAAGAAGAGGAUCUCAAACAAGCUGCCUCAGACGGCACUGUUCCAGCCCCCUCGAGAGAAGCUCCACCUGUGCGAAGAGAGAGCGAAGUCCUACACGAACAGCCAUGAGUACAAACAGGCCAUCCAGGAGCUUGUGCGCUGUGUGGCAUUGACAAGAAUUUGCUAUGGCGACUCACACUGGAAACUAGCAGAAGCCUAUGUUAAUCUGGCUCAAGGCUACCUCCAGCUGAAAGGGCUGUCACUACAAGCAAAGCAACAUGCCGAAAAAGCCAAAGAAAUCCUGGCCAACUCCAUUGAGAAUCCCCAUCAUGACAAUACAGCCAUCUUCAAGUGUUCCAUAGAGCUUUUCUAUACCAUGGGCAGAGCCCUGCUCGCCCUUCAGAAAUUUAAAGAAGCCUUAGAGAACUUGAUAAAAGCCGAGAAACUUUCCAAGGAGAUGCUGCAAUGUGGGAACAUUAUAAAGGAGGAGUGGGUAGAAAUCCAAGCACGGAUCAAGUUGUCCUUUGCACAGCUGUAUCAGGGUCAGAAAAGAUCAAAAGAAGCUUUGCCCUUCUAUCAAAAGGCUUUGGAAUAUACUGAGAUCGUCAAAGAUGAAAAAAGUCUCGACUGUGUACCAGUACUAAGGGAACUGGCAGGUGUGGAGCAAGCCCUGGGAUUCCACGAUGCUGCUGUCAAUCAUUUCUCACAGGCACAUCUCAUCGUCCUGAGUAAAAAUCCCUCCCCAGAGGAGGCUGCAGAUUCUGCACACUUUAUUGCCCGGGCUGCUGUUGCUUCUGGGAAGCAGGACCACCACGAUGUGGCCGAGCAGUAUUUUCAGGAAAGCAUGACUCAUGUGAAGGACUCCGAAGGAGCAGGAAGAGCCAAGUUCCUUUCGAUUCAAGAUGAAUUUUGCAGUUUUCUGCAAAUCACUGGACAAAAAGAAAGAGCAACCAUGAUCCUGAGAGCAUCCCUGGAAGCCAAAGUAGGGGCAUUUGGUGACUUCAGUCCGGAGGUGGCAGAGACAUACCGGGUCCUGGGCAGGGCAGAGCUGGCACAGGGCAACCACAAUGGAGCAUACACAAAACUGAAGAAGGGACUUAGGGGCCAGGGAGAAGAGACUUCAAACACCAAAGAGUGUGUUCAGAUUGAGACGUUCUUAUAUGGAUCGCAGGACAAGAGGACCCUGGCCACCCAGCAGACCAUAGACACACUGUCCAAGAUCUCUGAGGCUGCCCCGAAGCCAAGGCAAACCCUGAAAGCCAAGGCAGCAUUCUGCGCCAGUGUUCCUCAGCACGCUGUGCCAGGGAAGGCCAGGCACAUUGUGGCAGACUGAUUCCCCCGGCCCCCGCCGCCACAAUGUGCCCCAAAGAAAGCUUUGAGAAAGACUUGGCACCGCCUUUAGGAUGCUCUCCAACUAGCAGGUGGAAUUUAUCAGUCACUGCAGAUUUUUAAGGCUGUUUGCUCUAGCAUGAAUCGUCCACAUCUGCACUGUGGACGACGCCCUUCAGGGUGAUCUGGUGCUUUGGUUAUUUUUAUUUGUAUCACUUUGAUCGUUUCUCUCACCAAGGAGAAUUUCCCGUCAUCUCUACUGUGCCCGACUGUUCCAGAGGUGGGGCCUCCCUGCUGGAGAGAGACUGAGGCUGAUUGCAAGCAGGACCGCCCCUGGAGCAGUGAGACUGCACACAGCCUUCCUUGUCGGAAAGUCAUAGGAACUGGGAAGAAAUACCAAUAAAGAGAAACUUUUAUUCUUUGUUGCUUAUGUGCUUUGAAUGGCGACUGGAGCUGGCCAGGCGGCUCUGUGACCGAGCGCCUGCCUGGGCGCCACGAAGCCUGUUCCGGUUUGAAAGCAGAAUGCCCCUCAUGGACUCAUGGGUUUGAAUGCUUGGUUCCCACUGUUGCGAGGCCUU